AUGGGCUUACCUUUCAUAUUUCAUCAGAUUGUAUCCCGGUACCUUGUGGGGUUCAACCCUAGCAAGAUUUGCUGUUUCCUGAACGUGUUGACAAACCUGGGCUAUGGUAUGAUGAGCUCAAUGGUGGGAGGCCAGCUACUUUCCAAGCUCACCGGCGGUGCUGUUUCCGUGGUGGUUGGUAUCAUCAUCGUCGCGCUGCUCAGUUUGGUCUUGGCAACUUUCGGAAUGCACAUCUUCCAAUUCGCAUGGUUCCCACAAUUGAUGGUCUUCGCUAUCCUUCUAGGGUCGGCAGGCCCCGAGUUCGAUUUUGGUACUGUCUCCAUUGGCUCAGCAGAGGAGGUCAAUGGCAAACGGUUGGCAUUCUUCUCACUCUGCCUUUCCAGUGCCCUAUCCUGGGUUCCGGGAGCUGCUGACUACCACGUUUAUUAUUCGCCAAAUACCGGGACCUGGAGAAUAUGGUCGGCGACCACUAUGGGAGUGGGCCUCGCUAUGACCAUCACAUUCAUUCUUGGCGCCGGCCUUGGGACUGGCGUUGCUCAUAAUUCUGGUUGGGCAACCAUAUAUGAUGGUACCCCGGGCGGUUUGUUGAUGGCCGGCUAUGGCCGCCUUGGAGGGUUUGGCAGGUUCUGCGCGUUUAUCAACGUACUAACAAUCGUCUCCAACAACGCCCCCGGAUCGUAUUCCAUGGCAAUGAACUUUCAGAUGCUUGGAGACUUUUGGUGCAAGGUGCCCCGCCCUGUCUUCACGAGCAUCAGUACUCUCAUAUACACAGCGUGCGCCAUUGGUGGCCGAGACUCUCUGUACGAGGUCUUCAAGAACCUGGUGCCCCUAAUCGGCUAUUGGAUCAUCAUCUGGUUCACGAUGUUGGUGGAAUCAGAUGUACUCUUCAACAGAGGUAAACAGUACGACUGGACUGCGUGGAAUUGCCCUGAACGGCUACCGGUCGGAUUCGCUGCCACGGCGGCUUUCUUUAUUGGAUGGGCUGGCGCUAUUGUUGGCAUGGUACGUACCUGCGCCGUACACUUCCUAGCAGCCGAUUUUUGA